AUGAUUCUGAAAGUUGCCAGUUUUUCUGUGUUGCCUGCAUUAUGGUGGUUGCUUGCGUUGCUUAAUGCUUGCGGCACCGGGGCAAAUGCCACCGCAUACCCAUACACCGUCUAUCGCGGUACAUUUAUUCAUCUCGCCCGGCUUAAUUCGAGUUCGGCGAAGCCAGAACUGGUCCGAAAACAAGGUGCCCUCUGGGUCUCUUCUGAAGAUGGCCGUAUAAAGGGCUAUGAUUGGCAAGUUCGUGACGAUUUCAGCUUCCAGUCCUUCCUAUCUCGCCACGGAUGGACAGACGCCGAUGUCACAGCCAAUGACAAUGCCAAUGCAUCCACCAAAGUCAAAGUUGUGGAGUCAGUCGAUGAACGAAACGAGUUCUUCUUUCCCGGAUUCAUCGACACCCACAUCCACGCGCCGCAGUUCCCCAACAUUGGGCUGUUCGGAUCAGCAGGCCUCUUGGAUUGGCUGAAUGAAUACACCUUCCCGCUAGAAGCUAGCUUCGGCUCCAAGUCAGACCCAAACAACCAAAAGACUGAUCCCAAAGACGCGCCCUCCGAGGCCCUGCGCGUUUAUGAUCAAGUGGUCGCACGCACUCUUGCCCAUGGCACAACAUGCGCAUCUUACUUCGCCACCAUCCAUGUCCCGGCCACCAACGCCCUGGCUGCAAUCUGCCACUCCCGCGGCCAACGCGCCUUCAUCGGCCGCGUCUGCAUGGACAACCGCGAUCAAUGCCCGCCGUAUUAUGUAGACCAAUCCGCCGACGAGGGCUUGAACGCAACAAUGUCGACAAUUGAUUACAUCCGGGCCCUUGACCCGAAAGGAGCGUUGAUCAACCCCAUCAUCACUCCCAGAUUCGCCCCAAGCUGCUCGAUCCACUCCCUCGAUGGCCUCGGCAAACUGGCCGCAUCCUACAACCCGCCGCUCCACAUCCAAACACAUAUCUCCGAGACCACCGAGGAGGUCGACCUCGUCCACCAACUGUUCCCGGAGGCAACCAGCUACGCCGAUGUCUACGACAAGGCUCACCUGCUUACCUCCCGCACCAUCCUCGCGCACGGGGUGCACCUCACCCACGACGAGCGCACUCUCAUCCGCGAGCGUGGCUCCAAGGUAUCGCACUGCCCAGCGUCAAACUCCGCCCUCGGCUCUGGACUUGCUCCUGUCCGCAUCAUGCUCGACGAAGGCCUCACGGUUGGUCUGGGCACKGAUGUGAGUGGCGGGUACAGCCCCAGCAUGCUUGAAGCGGCCCGACAGGCUUGCCUGGUGUCUAGAUUGCUAGGAUACAGCACCGAAUUCCAAGCGAUGACAGGUAACUCAUCGUCGACUGGACAUGAGAAGCUUUCUGUCGAGGAUAGUCUCUAUCUAGCCACCCGCGGCGGUGCAGCAGUCGUCGACAUGGCAGAUGACAUUGGCGGCUUCGAUAAGGGGAUGAUUUGGGACGCGCAGCUUAUUGAGCUGGGUGCUGUGAAGAAUAGCACUGAGAGCCCGUUUGAUGCGGCAGGUGUGAAUGGUUCCGCUGGUCGGAUCAUUGUCAAGUCUGGCCCUGUGGGCAAUGUUAAUUUGUUCGGAAAUGAGACUUGGCAGGAGCAGAUUCAGAAGUGGAUGUGGAGUGGUGACGAUCGGAAUGUGAAGAAUGUCCAUGGGCUUCCUUCGUCGCUCUUGGCUGCUUCCAGCGCUCCAGGGGUCGUGGAAGUGGACUUGAUCUUUCCGCGCAACGACACCUUUGCCCCCUCGAAGCUGACACCCAUCGUAUUUGCUAUCCAAAACCCGAGCCUCGUGCAGAGCCUGAACCCGGUUCUCUCAUGGAAUAUCGAGCAGCGCGGGGUCGGUGCCAAUGAUAGCAUCAAUACCUCGGACCUUGAUCUGUCGUCCAUCAAUUACUCCAGCAGCGACCCGUACUUCCUGUAUGAGAGCACCAGUCAUCUGGACACUGAGGGAGUCUUCCAGUUUGCCUGGACCAUUGAAUACAGCAACUGCUCCCAAGACGCACGGACAGAUGGCGUGGCCUUCACCUGCAAUAGUAUACACCAUUCACUCUACUUCACCACCAAGAACAGCACGUCACAGCCGGAUCUCGUCGCUGCGACGGACGAUGACACUUGCGCUCACUCGCUAUGUCAAGCCUAG